AUGCCCCGUGGACCGGGAAAGAGGAGCAAUUACAAUUUGGACUACUCGCGUUUCAAUGGCCUCGAAAAUCAAGACCAGGCAGAGGAACGAUGCGUCGACGAGGCUUCAACCGACGGAGCGGAAGACUUUGCGGUCGCGCUCCGCAACAUGCCGCCGGAGCUUCAAGAAGCCUACCGGCUCACCAUGAUCAGCCGUUCAACUGGUGAUGAAGCUGCUCAGAAGAGAGCGAACGAACUCGUCCUUCAGGCAGUCGACAAAGGAGGUCCGCAAGUGCGCGAAACAUUCAUGAAGGAGAUUUCGGGACAUUUGCCAGAGGGGACGCUCCGAGGGAUGGACGACUCGCAGUUGCCUCAGAACUCGCUGUGUUGGUGGCUGGCUUGGGCAUUUACUGACACUUGCUGGAGGACAGCAAGAAUCAUGUCGAGGGGCACUUUUUUUGAUCGAGUUCUGCAUCAAGGAAUUUGUCGAAGGCAAUCUGUCUAUUGUAGACUCUGUACAAUUCAAGUAAUGGUUCGUUGCGGCCAAUGCACCCCUAAAGUCACGCAAACGUGA